UUGUUUUGCAUUUUUUUGUUUCUGUUUUGUUUUUGAAAGUUGAUUUGCUCGUUUGUCAAAUUAUGAUUUGAAAAAUUUAUUUAUUUUCAUUUAUAAUUUCAAAGAUAAUUUAAUAUCAAAAAAAUGAAUCCAUUAACGAAUGUUAAAAAUCUUGCAAAACUUUGCGAACGAGAAUUAGAGAUGGGUAUCGAUGUUAAACAUUCCUGGCAUCAAAUGUAUAAAAAUAGUGCAUGGAUUUUUAUUGGUGGUCUACAUUAUGAUCUAUCCGAAGGUGAUGUAUUAGCCGUAUUUUCACAAUAUGGUGAAAUUGUCAAUAUAAAUUUAGUUCGUGAUCGAAAAACUGGUAAAAGUCGUGGAUUUGCAUUCCUUUGCUAUCAAGAUCAACGUUCAACAAUUCUGGCUGUAGAUAAUUUUAACGGUAUUAAAUUAUUGAAUAGAAUCAUUCGUGUUGAUCAUGUUGAAGAAUAUAAAAUUCCCAAAGAAUUUGAUGAUAUCACCAAUGAAUUAAAAGAAUUAUAUAAUGAAGGAUGUGCACCGAAACCAAUCGAACAACCAUCAAAACCCAAUUCCAAUGAAAUUCACCAUGAACUAAGUGAAAAUCCUAAAAAAUCAGAACAUCGUCAUAAGGAUCAAAAACGAAAAAAACAAUCACGAUCACCCGAAAAAUCGAGCCGAUCACAUCAUCGUCAUAGUUCUUCAUCAUCAAAAAAACAUAAAAAACAUUCAAAAUCAUCCAAAAAACAUAAACAUAAAAGAUCUAAGCAUGAUUAGUUUAUUCAUUUGAUUGAUUGAGUCAUUGAUU